UUAGUAUCAGUAGCUCACAAGCCAGGAGACCUGACCGUGUAAUGAGGUGAGAGGAUGCAAUCCUUAAAGAUAUCUCUGGUUUUGGCCCAUGCGCUUCUUUGCGUUCUCUCAGUGAGGGCAACAGACAACAGCCUUCGAGAGCCAAGUGGAGAUGGUUUGUUAAACUGUAGGAAACAGCAAAGCUUGACAGCUCUUGAGGUUCUGCCUGGAGGGGGCUGGGACAACCUGCGGAACCUCGACCGAGGUCGAGUAAUGAACAUCAGCUACUCACAGUGCAAGACCAGUGAGGAUGGGGAAUACUUUAUCCCAGACCAGGUCUACGUGGUACCCCGGAAGCAGACCAGCUUGGAUAUUGUGUCAGAUAUGAUGAACAGCUGGAUGGAUUACAAAAGCACCACCAGUGCCUCGGUCAACUCUGAUGUGUCCUUCCUCUCUAUCCUGAAUGCAAAAUUCUCCGCCAGUUUUGAGAGGAUCAAGACUCAUCAGGUGCGGGACAGCAGCAUGACCACCAGAAUCCAGGUGAGGAACUUAAUGUACCAGGUCAAAUCCAUACCCAACUUCAAGCUGGAUGUGGGCUUCAAGCAGCAGCUGAUUGAGAUUGCCAACCACAUUGAGAACAACCAGACCAGGGCUGCCGAUUACUACGCCCAGUUACUUGUUCUUAACUAUGGGACCCAUGUCCUGACUAGUGUGGACGCUGGCGCUAGCCUGGUGCAGGUGGACCAGGUCAAGUCCAGCUUUGUGUCCGACAGCUGGAGCCAGAGGUCGAGCAUCACUGCUUCGGCAGGAGCCACCUUCUUCCACACGGUGAACGUGGGCCUGAGCAGUCACGUGGAGAGCACCGAUCAGUUCACCAGGCACUACGUGGGCAACAGGACGCACUCGCGGAUCGAAAGUCACGGCGGAGUGCCCUUUUACCCUGGAAUCACCCUGCAGAAGUGGCAGCAGGAAAUCACCAACCAGCUGGUGGCCAUCGACAGGAGUGGGCAGCCCCUCGACUUCUUUGUCACCCCAGCCAACCUACCCGAGCUGCCGAAACCCACGGUGACCAAGCUCUCCCGGGCUAUCAAGAGGGCCAUCGAUCUCUACUACACCGUUAACGUCCACCCGGGCUGUGUGGAUAUCAAGUCAACCAACUUCAAUUUCCAGGCCAACGUCGACGAUGGCUCCUGUAAGGGGGUAGGCACCAAUUUCACCUUUGGCGGUGUCUACCAGGAGUGUACCCCUGUGUCAGGACCAGGCGCUCAGUCACUGUGUCAGUCCCUGGCCCAGAAGAACCCGCUGACCGGGGCUUUCAGCUGCCCUCCUGGUUACUCGGCCAUUCAUCUGCACUCGGGCCAAAGGGAGGAGGGUCUCAGCCGGUACGAGUGUCACCGCCACUGCCACUCCUGUUGGGUUGUAGCGAGGUGCUGCAAGGAUGUGUGUGGUGAUGUUUAUUACGUGAACAGGGCCCGCUUUGAGUCGUACUGGUGCGCAGCGACGCCCGGCACCACUGUGCCCCAGAACAGCGGCUACCUCUUUGGCGGCCUCUACAGCUCCAAGUCCAGCAACCCGGUGACCCAGGGACACUCGUGCCCCGCGGCCUUCUACCCCCUGCGGCUCUUCCAGCACCUGCAGGUCUGUGUGAGUGAGGACUAUGAGAUGGGCCUCCGCUACUCGCUGCCCUUUGGCGGCUUCUUCAGCUGUGAGGCAGGCAACCCGCUGGCUGAGCCGGCUCAGAACCCAGACAGGGCCACUGCUUAUCCCAAGCGCUGUCCAGAAGGUUACAGCCAGCACCUGGCUAGUAUCAGUGACAGCUGCCAGAUCCUGUACUGUGUGAAGUCCGGCUCCUUUAAUAAUCUCAACCUGGCCCCCAUCAACCUGCCCCCGUUCUUGCACCUUCCUCUGCUCACCACUGGCUCCACCAAUACGGUGCUGGUCAUGACCGAGUACCAGGAGCCUUGGGUGAAGGACACAGCCACCAAUAUGUGGAGAGUGGUCCCCAUCUCGGAUGCCCGCAACUUGUUUGACACCGGUCACUCCAGAGGACCCGGGGUGGUGGUGGGCAUCUCCAUUACCAUCACUCUGGCCUUGAUUGGCAUAGUCAGCCUCACCUUCUAUGCCAGGAAGCGCUGGAGGAAACGUGGGUACCAGGCUGUGGAACAGGAACGCCUGAUAACUCCCAUAUCCAGCUCUGAGCAAGCAGAGAGCCAGGAGUCCUCUCUUUCAAACACCGAGGCCUGAGACCCAGUGGAUUCAGGCUAGCUCCUUGACCACAGCUGGGGUAAGGAUCACCUAACCUUCCUACACUGCCCCUUGCAAUGGAACAAAUCACUCAGCAGUAUAUAGAAAUAAAUCUCAGGGAUUAAUUUGAAUUUAAAUCUUGGUGAAGUGAAAAGGGCUGGGUUAUUUACUCAAGGAAAAACAGCCAGAGAGAGUAAAGUGACUGGGUGGAAUGCCUCAGGGCCGGGAUGAGGAAAGUGAGGUUAGACUACAUUAGAAAUUAAGGGAUUGGGAAUGAAAUUGAGGAGUGAUAUUAAACUGCUGGGUAUAAUAAAGGAAACCAUUUUGGUCUCGACGAACACAUAUUAAAUGGGCUGUUUCUAAUCGGAAAGUUUAUGUGAUUUGAACUGUAAUUUCUCAAAUCUAUGAUGUAAUGAUGAAUAAAUGUCAAGAUCUGUGGUGUUUUUGUAGCCCUUUGAACAAAACAAAGAACUGCAUUUCCUUAUCUGCCCAUCAUGUCCCUCUGGUGUUCCUUUCUUCUUCCCUUUCUUCCAUGGUCUUCCACCCUCUCCUUUCAGAUUCCCCCUUCUCCAGCCCUUUAGCUCUUUCAUCUAUCAACUUCCCAGCUCUUUACUUCACCCCCUCCCGGUUUCACCUGUCACCCACCACCUUGUACUUCUUCCUCCCCUCCUCCCACCUUCCUACCCUGACUGCUC